UUGCUGAUCCUUCCCGAGAAUUGUCAAAAAUAUUUCGUAAACAGAAUGUUUUGAUUUCUCCUCAACCUACCAUUACACCGGGUUCAAAAUGCUUCGGAAAGCUCGUUUAUCUUAUUUUGUGACAGAACCAGGACAGCGUCUUGCUCUCUAUGGAUCGGGAUGUCUCACUGUGGGCCUCUUCGCUGCAAACUUCCUGCCGCACACAAUCGGAAUUGGUUACUACAAAGAAUUCAUCCAAGCCUUCAGAGAUGGCAAACAACGUGAACUGUCGGAGAAACUACGCUAUCGUUUCGAACGAGCAGUCAAACUGCUAAAUCUGUCCACCUUCGAGAAGAAAUUCGUCAGCCCAUUUGUGGUAAUCGGCUUCGACGUUUUCAACGCUGGCUACAUGAAGUCUCGGUUUGGGGGGAUCGUAGGUAUCCCAAUAAAUUUUGAGUACGGUUCCGCGGCGGAUAUCGAGAAAUCUGAAGUCGUAUUGUGCGAUCAGAAAAUCAACUGGUCCUCCGAGGGUGGAAAAUUACUCGAAGAAUCGCUCGUGCUGUCUGAGGAUGAACAAGUUUUCGGAAUUGCUCGGGAAAUCCUUAUCCUAAACACACACAAGAAACUCAUUCAAUCGAUUAUACCCGCAGCAUCGUGGAUGUUUGUUUACGGCACAGCUGCGACGAUGAACGCAAGAGGAAAUUUUUAUGCGAGACCUCUUUCGCUGAGACUAGUUUUGUACGCAAUUUGUAGCGCCUUCGGGUAUGGUAUAUAUUCAUUCGCAACAGACAUGUGCGAAAUUCAUUACGACUCGGACGUGGAUAAACAAUUAGCAGUUUUGGGACCGGAUGUAAUUGACGCAGGUGCACGAUUCUAUGACAAGAUACUUAAGAAAAAUGUUGCUCUUCGGAAACUGACCGGAGAGAACUAUUACACCGCAAAGGGUAACAUAAAUUACAUGAUUAGGCAGAAGACAGCGCCUCUAACAAUGCGCAAAGAGUUCUUUGUUUCCGGCUAUAAGGAGUUUAUUGCCAAAGAGGAGUCUAGUUGAAAAAUAAAAAUUUGUUAGAAAUGAAUAGAAUGGAAAAAUUGAAAACCAACCACGGCUUAUUUAUUCCGUUUCCGUAACGCUAUCUGAUCGAUAACAGCGAGGACUUUUUCAAAUUUUCGAUAGAAAUGGAAGAUGACACUUAUUUGGGUAUCAUCCGUAUGCAUUAGUAAAAAAUAUAAUUGAUAGUAUAUAAAAAUAUAUUUUCCGCAACUUAA